AUGCUCACUGAACCAUCAAAGCAUGCAUGGACAUCUUUAGGUAUCGGUGGUACAAUAUCUAACAUUUCCGAUAGUUUUGGCUAUCACACAACCACAACUCCCUCGUCUACAUCAUCAUCAACUUCAUCAACAAAUGCUGGUGGUGGCGGUUCUAGACUAAAACACGAAUAUGAAAAUGGAUCUGGACGUGGAAAUGGUGCGAAUGACUCUAAUUCCAAUACAGGCCAACAACAACAGCAGCAGCAGCAGCAACAACAACAACAACAGCAACUACAACUACAACAACAGCAACAACAACAACAACAACAACAACAACAACAACAACAACAACAACAGUCAUCUUCUUGGUCAUCAUUAGUUAAAUCAGAGUCACCACAUGGAUUGAGAGAUCCUUAUUCAACAUUUGCGAGUCAAUCUUUUUUUCCUCACAAUGGUCACCGAUUCGGUAGUGGAGCAGCUGGUACAGGUCAAAUACAAUUAUGGCAAUUUUUACUUGAACUUUUGGCUGAUGCAAGUGCAAAUUCAAAUAUUAUUGCGUGGGAAGGUUCGAACGGUGAAUUUAAAUUAAUUGAUCCAGAUGAAGUUGCACGUCGGUGGGGUGAGCGCAAAUCUAAACCAAAUAUGAAUUAUGAUAAAUUAUCUCGUGCAUUACGUUAUUAUUACGAUAAAAAUAUUAUGACCAAAGUUCAUGGUAAACGUUAUGCCUACAAGUUUGAUUUUAAUGGUUUACAUCAAUUAAAUCAACCGCAAUUAUCUGAAUCUCCAUACACAAAAUAUCAACAAGAAAUGAUGCGUUCAUCACAUGCACAUGCUGCUUAUUUUAAAUGGAGUGCCUUAAGUUCAGCGGCAGCAACAACAUCAGCUGUUCAUAUGCCACAUCAUCAUCAUCCAACAACAGCCGCUGCUGCUGCGUCAACAGCAUAUACAAACUAUUGGAAUCAUCCAAGUACAUAUGACUAUGCAACAAAUUUUGCUACACCUAAUCCAUAUCUUUCAACAUCUUAUUGGGUUAGUCCAACAGCAAGUACAACAUCAAAUGGAACAGGGGGACUAUCAGGCACAAGCACAGCAUCUACUACUAUCUCACCAUCAUUACCUUACUAA